UCACAGAUUGAGAGGAAGUGGAGCAACAAAGAUUAGCCUGUGCUUGAUCGCUACUGGAAGCGGAGCAUCACAGCACCCCUCACAAGGAAAAAAGCUUGAUCCCGAGAGCAACCAAUCUCUCUCUCUCUCUAUCUCUCCUUCUUCAACGUAGCCAUAACCAGUCAGUCUAAACCAUCAGGCCAAACCAGCAAUUCUUCCAUGCAACAACGCGCACACAGGAUUCUUGCAGUGUGUUUAUCUGGAGGAGUGCAUAAGCUUGUUUGCUUAGAGAGGGGCCAAACAGAGACUGAUAGCUUUGAAGAGUGGGCAAAAGGAGAUGGGGACAAACUUGGAAUUUGACCUGCGUCAAAGUUUAGACUGCCUAUAAGAUACAUAUGUCACUAGGUUGACUUUUGUGUUUGGACCUUCUUCUUCCUCUCACGACGAUAGCAGCGGGCGUCGGUGCGGCAUUGUGAUGAGAGCAAGCUCUGUUCCCUGUCUCCGCCAGGCCAGGUGAGACGGACGGAUGCAUGUAAAUCUUGCGUUGGAUCUUACGGUGCGAAGAUCUCGGUCUCCGGGACCCACAGCGGUUCUCCAGAGGUGGGACGGAGAGUGGCGAAGAGACGGGUAAGGAUUGAUUCUUCUCCCCUGGUGUUGCACGCUAUAUUCUCUCCCGGACUCGCACCCCACUCCGCGAAGUGAACGCGCCCAAACGAGGAACUCAAAAAGACCGACGCCGCCGCUUUUGACUCGUGUACCGAAACCGAAAUCUAACCCUCCUCGGCUUCCUCCUCUCUUCGAUCAUCUGUUCUUGAGAGAAUCCUUCUGAAAGACGAGAUUUUUGAGUGUCCUGCUUCGACCAAGCCAGCGGGACAGAAUCCUCGGGAAAAAGAUACGAUCUUUGAUCGUCCCACUUCGACCAAGUUACGCUUCGUGUAAAGGAAUCUGCUUUGCCGGGAAGUCCACCGCGCAACUCUUAUUCCAUUGGGUUCGCCGAGUUUACUUGCUUUGUCAUGGGUUCUCUUGCCACACAUCCCUCAGGUCCAAGAUUCUGUUCUUGUGCCAACAACCGUACAGCUGCUUUCCUAUGUAUGGUGUUCAUCAUCGGGACCUCUUUUGUUGAAUUUGAUUAUAUAAUGAAAUUGUGGACUGGGAUAUCAACUGAUUUUGUAGCAACUACUCAAGCCAAUUCGUGGCACCGUGAGUCUAGCUUGAUAAAUGUAAUUAAUCCUACUCUGAAGGUAAAUGUAAUUAAUCCUACUCUGAAGACUGACAUAUCAGACUUACCCCCUCAAGCCAAUUCAUGGCACCGUGAGUCUAGCUUGGAGUCCACUCGAUCCAAUUCAUGCAAGAGUCCUUGCACAUCUCUGGGAAGUGAAGCAUUGCCUAAAGGUAUUGUUAGUCCGAAGUCAGACUUGGAAAUGGUGCCUCUAUGGGGUUCUCGAAGAGGAAAGGAUGGUGUCAGUUUACAGAAGAGCUUAUUGGCGAUUCCAGUUGGAAUAAACCAAAAGGCCAUGGUGAAUCAGAUUGUAAUGAAGUUUGUUUCCAGUGAUUUCACCGUGAUGCUUUUUCACUAUGAUGGUGUUGUUGAUGAAUGGAAAGAUUUACAAUGGAGUGACAGUGCCCUACAUAUUUCUGCAAUCAAUCAAACAAAAUGGUGGUUUGCUAAGCGCUUCUUACAUCCAGACAUAGUUGCACCGUACAAGUAUAUCUUCCUAUGGGAUGAGGAUAUCGAGGUGGAAAAUUUUCAUCCUAAAAGAUACUUGAUGAUUGUUGAGAGGGAAGGCUUAGAGAUAUCACAACCUGCACUUGACCUUGCAAAAUCUCGGAUUCAUCAUCAAAUUACAGCACGUUUAAGCAAACGAGUCGUACACAGAAGGAUGUACAAGUUCAGUGGUGACAAAAAAUGUGAUGAUAACAGCAGUCAACCUCCAUGCACUGGAUGGGUAGAAAUGAUGGCUCCUGUUUUCUCGAGAGCUGCCUGGCGCUGUGCGUGGCAUAUGAUUCAAAAUGACUUGAUUCAUGCAUGGGGUCUCGAUAUGAAGCUCGGUUACUGUGCUCAGGGUGAUCAGAGCAAAAACAUUGGAGUGGUGGACAGUGAAUACAUAGUUCAUAAGGGGCUGCCGACGCUUGGCGGGUUUGAUGAGAAAAUGGGAUCUACUGGUUCGCCUGCCGCUAAAGAUAGAUCUGCAGUGAGGCGGCGGUCUUCUGUCGAAUUGGAGAUCUUUCGAAAAAGAUGGCAGAAGGCUGCGACCGAAGAUAAUUGCUGGAUCGAUCCAUAUCCUGAACUCGAAACAAACUCGAGGAAGCAGUAAUGUAACUCAUUAACAAAACCUCAAGUUAGACAACAAAGUCCGAAGUAUUUAGCCAGUGUAUGAUCGAUGAGCUCAACACACAAAGAAUUGCCACCAGCAUUUGCGAAGAGAGCCAAAUUCUAAUCUAUGCUUCCGGUAAGCAGAGAUAUAUUACAUGAGUCAUAUCGUUAAAAGUAUAAUGUUUUCGAUUCUUUGAUUCUUUCCUGUAACAUUUUUAUUACCUUGUGAACUUUUGUUGUACUCAUAGCUUGAACAGCUUUUAUUAGAUUCUGAAGCUGAAAAAGCCAAUUGCAUGAUUUUUUUAAA